GAGAUUGCGACUCUGAAGAGCGCCCAGCCCGAUGAGGGAGACCCGCAUGCGGCUAACGCCAAGCCCAGCACUGACAAGCUGCUGAUCGUGGAGAAGACGCCAGGAUCGGACGGUUUGGCGGUUAGGCUUCUGAGAAAAAGGAAUGACCAGAACCGGAGCCUGAAAACCGGCCGGCUCUUCCCGACUCCGAACAAGCCGGACCCGAUGCCCCUGGAGCUGGCUUUCUUGUUCACAAAAAUCACGCCUGAGCAGAUGAUUUAUAUGUGGAACGUUCUUACCUUCAUCUUCUGCUUGCAGUGUUUGAUGAUUAUUACAUACUGCGCCGCUCUCGCAACCUUCCCGGAGAGCUUCUGGACUUGCACGCUUUGUUUCGCCGUACCCUUCGCAUAUAUCUGCAUUCAGCAGAUCUACAUCGACCACGAUGUAAUGCACGGUGUGACAUUUCCUGUUUACGAGUUCCAGAAGUUUAUCACGCAUCCUUUCAGCGACUUCAUAUCCUUACCGUGGGAAGAGUUCGUCCUGGAACAUGCCCGUCAUCAUGCAAGCACUGUGGACUUGCUCAUCCAGGGGGAGUUCGGCUGGGACCCCGAAGAGUUCCACUAUGCAUUGCAGCAGUGGGCAGGACCCAUGGGGCCAAACUGGUACAAGUACUUGUUGACUGUCCCCUGGAUCCCGGUGAUUCACUUCUUCGGACUCAAUGACACGGGCUUCCUCUUUGCCCUUGAGUGGUGGAUGAGUUUCCCAGAAGCUGAUGCUAGCGGGAAAUGCAACAAGGAAUUCUGGACAAAAUGGAUGCCUCGACGUGUGAAGCACAAUGCUGUGGUCCUUGGGCUGUGGGCCUGUGUUUGGCUUCUGGGAACGUGGCCGUUGGGCAGGCCAUUGAGCCAAGGUUGGCGAUUCGUUCUUCCAGUGACGUGUGCGGCACGUGUAGGCUUCUCCCUCGCCUGGAUGUUCAUCACCAACUUUACCCACUCGCUUCCUUGGAACAAGUUUUUGGAGAAUGACCCUGCUCGGACCUGGCCAAAGCUGCACAACAUCAUGGCGCUUGCUGUCGGGGGAAAGCACCGCUGGAACGAGAUGUUGUUCCAUGAUGUCCAUCAUGGCGCCCGCGGACCGAGCUCCUCGUGCUGGGCGUGGGCCAGGAGAUUGGCAACCUCCUGGUGCAGAUAG